AUGGGCUGCCUUCACUCUAAUUCAAAUGAAAUUACUACACUUGAAGAAGAGCUAUUAUCUCUCAGACAAAAAAAGGCUGCUUAUAACGAAAUCUUGUUUAAAUCUCCAACGAAAACUAUCCAAGAUCUCCCACAAGAUGUAUACAAUUCUGCUAUUGAAGAACAGCUCUGGGCAUCCAAAUCCUUUAAGCAGCUUAUGAAUUUGAUAGGCACUUCAGACCCAAACUUCAGCGAAGUCCAAAAUAAGCUAAACCUCAUCAUAAAUUCCGACGAAAAAUCGGCUGACUAUAUAUGAAUAAGACUUUUUGAAUCAAAUUGGCAGACAAAUUUGUGUAACUCUCUCUUAACUUAACUUAAACAGACGGCUCGUGCCCUUAAUUUUAACGCAAUCACCGAGGAUCCCUUGUGGGAUUCAUCCGCUUUGCGACCUCCUUCUCACAUAUAAUGAGAGUACUGAGGCCUCCUCCUUGCCUCUUGUAAAAGGCUCCAGUGUUGAGUGGGCAGACUAUGGGUUUGUGCGACCUCCUGAGGCUGUGGUUGACGAAGUUGGCAUUCCGAAGUUCCAAAAAAUGGAAUUUCUAGUAGCCUAUCCGCAAAAGGGUGAAGUCCAGAUCCUGGGACGUAACGCCCAGUUUCACGCUAGGCAGUUGUCCGAUUGAUCUAGGUAUUAGCUGUAGACUUUGCUGGGCUUGCCCUUUCCAAAUCUGUACCCUCCUUUUCUUCGAGGUAAAAACCAGCUUCGAAGUUGGACUUGGACUAGGUUCUGGGCUCCUGCAGAAUUAGUUGCCUAGCAUUGCUGUCCAUUUCAAGGCUAGAAAAACCUUGCCGGAUAUAAUUAAAAUGUGUGGGUCGGAGGCUGUAUGGCCGUGAGGCCAUACCUAGGCGAAGACGCCAUAUUUUAAUUGUGUAACUCUCUCACUGAAAUAGCAACUUUUGUCAAAGAAAUCGACAAUAAAAAAGCUCAGCAUAUUAAAUCCAAAGCACAGAGCGUGGAAUAUUUGAUAAAAGAAAAGUACAGCAUGCUAACCCCUAUGCUAAAUGAGAUAAAUUUAUUUACUAUAAAUAGCAUUUAUAUAUACCCAAUUUAUUAAAAAAUUGAAAAUUAUAAAUAAUGGUAUAAAAAAUCGUGAAAUGAAAUAUAGCUCUGCAAGAGGUGGGACUAUUCUGCAAAUGAUCGAAAGAGUUUAUAACAGAGGUGAGCUUGAAAAAGAGCUCGAAAUCUUACAGACAAAACUAGAAGGCCAACAAUAUUUACAACUAAGGCAAGAAAAAGAUGAAGAUGUUGAAAAACUUAAAGAAAAAAUUUCAGCUAUCAAAAAUGAAAUGAGUGAAAUUGAAAGAGCCUGGGAACUCGUAAAAACCAAUUUUGAAGCUGAUCCUGAGCUGGUAAAAGGACUAGAAACGAUUUUAAAUGAAAAAGUUGAUAAAAUCCAAGAAAUGAAAGCAGAAAUCGAAAAACUUCAAAAAGUAAAAAAUGGGAUAAAUGAGGUAAAAGACCAAAUCGAUACUGUAAAUGCCAAUAUUAGAGAACAAGAAAAAAAUAUUCAAAAAAUAUUAAAAAAAAUCCAAGAACUCAAUGAAGAGAAAGAAAAAAUGAUAAAAAUUAAUGAAACCUUGCCAAGCAUUAAGGAAAGAAUAGAAGACAUAAAGUUAGAAAAUAAUAACAAAAAAAAUCAAAUAAAAAUACUCCAAGAAAAAAAUAAAAAUAUUCAGCAACUUAUCAAUGAAAUCACUGAAAAAAUGAAUAGCAAGAUCAUGAUAAAAGAAAAAAUUAUCCAAGAAAUCAAAGAAAAAGGUGAAAACGAACAAAAUGAAAUUUUAGUACAUCAGAAUACAAGAUCGCAUAAAAUUAAAAAACAAUUAGCUUUGAGACUUAAAGAAGCGCUUUAUAGGAUUCCUGACAGACUGUUACAAAGAUGGAAAUUGGUAGUUUUUCAUAAAGAAAAACCAGAAAUUUGUAUUGCUGAAACUACCACUCUGCAAGACACAGAAUCCAUGUAUAAUGAAACUACAAAUAUGACUCAUGAUCAAUCAUAUAUUGGAGACAUUUCUAUGAUAAAUCAUGAAGAAAACCUUUUAGGGAACGAAGAUAUAAAUCUCGCUAAAGCAGAAAUAGCGAUGAUUUCAAUUCCUGUCCCUAAAAAGCAGCCCAAAAAAUAG